AUGCUGAAAAUUGUUGAUAACCUAAGAGCGACUAGAAGUAUUACGAUCUCAGAAGGUGUUGUGUUAAAAGGAGAACCUGAGAUGCGGUCACCUAAAAAGCUUGAUGCUCUACCAGUAGACCCUACAGCCAGGAAUGCUGAAGUUAAUUACAGACUCGUAGAUGGAGUUGUCAACUUAUUUGAAACACACGCUAUUGAGGUAAAAAUGAACCCCACGGAUAAAGAAACUGUACAAAGAUCUCUUGAGGAAGGUCGUGGAAAGAAAAAAGGAAGUGGAAUAGGCGGUAUCAUUGGACUCCUAGCUGCCAAGGUUCUACUUGGAAAACUAUUCAUCGUCAAGCUGAUAGCGCUGAAGGCUUUAGCGACAGCCAAGAUUGCCUUGGUCCUUGCCGUCAUUCUUUUCGUGGCAUGGUGUUUCAAGCAUGACCAUACGAAGACAACUUACGAAGUAGUACCUCAUCCUCAUCAUAGCGAAUCCCAUCAUCACGAUCAUCAUCCCAUUCAUUCACUUGAACACAUCUCUCAUGACGCCGGUCAUGGGCACGGAUUCUCUGGCUAUGGUUCAGACUGGAGCAAGAACCUCGAAGAGGGCCAGAACCUAGCUUACAGCGCCUACUCACCACAUCGGAAGUAG